AUGGCAUCAGAACAUAAGGAUUGUGAUGGACGAAUACGAUGUCCUUGUGUGAGAUGUAUAAAUAGUAGGUUUGAAAAAAUAGAUAGGGUUAGAGCACACGUAUUUGAUCGAGGUUUUAUGCAAGGAUAUGAGAAGUGGAUUUAUCACGGGGAGCCUGAGGAUGCCGUCGUUGAUGUAGCAGUUGCCGAUGUUGAAUCAGAGGAUGAAAUGAUUCCUAUUUUAGAAGACUUCUUUCCCUCGACAACUGAGGAACCACAAGGAGAAGAUGAACAACCAACCACAAACCCACAAUUUGAUGACUUAUUUGAGGAAAUUGAAGCUGAAUUGUAUCCCGGUUGUGAUUGGAUUUCAUCUCUUAACUUUUUAGCAAAGCUAUUGCAUUUAAAAGUUAGGGGAAAAAUUCCUAAUAACAUCUUUGAAGAAUUAUUGAAGCUUUUAAAGUUUGCGUUUCCGAAGGAAAAUAAUAUUCCAUCAACUUACUACGAGGCAAAAAAGAGAUUGAAGAAAUUAGGCUUGGGUUAUGAUAAUAUCGAUGUCUGUUUGUAUAAUUGUUGCUUAUUUUAUAAGGAGAAUGCAUCCAAGGAGGCUUGUCCAGUUUGCGGAACUAGUCGUUGGGUUAUUUCCGAGAACGGAAAAGGAAAAAAAGUUCCUUGCAAAGUCAUGCGAUACUUUCCGUUGACACCUCGACUUAAAAGAUUAUAUAGUUCAAGGAUUACAGCGAAAAGCAUGAUAUGGCAUCAUACUGGAAAAUCAAAAGAUGAUGGGGUGUUGCGACACCCGGUCGAUGGUUUAGCUUGGAAAGACUUUGAUGCAAAACAUCCCGAGUUUGCAAGGGACCCAAGAAAUGGGGGUCCUCCUGGAGAGCAUGUAGUUGAAGCAUGGAAGGAGAUCCAUGUGAAAAAACCGUCUGGAACUUUCGUUAAUGAAUUAGCUGCAAAGGAUUAUGAGGAACUGAUCAAGGAGCUUGAUAGGAAGCGACUGGAACGACAAUCCCAGAGCGAUGCGGGAUCGAAUGCGAAUGCGAUGCGGUUAUCAGUUUGA